ACUUCAUUAAGCAGACUCUCGGCGCAUGUGUCGUAAGCUCCGCCCCUUUGUGCCUCUAUAUCACACAACAGUCUGCGACAUAGGGCGAGGCAGCAGCAUGGAGAAGGGAGAGCAGAGCACGGCUGGGCCUAAGAAAAAUCGGGGCCCAAAAAAGGCAAAGAAGCCAUUGAAGGCCACACCGAUGAGCAAGCAGGAGAUGCUGGAGCUUGUGAGCUUUCUUGAAAAAUUUGACUAUGAUGGUAAGCUUAAAACUUACCAGAAGCCUAAUGCACGGAAGGAUCGGAUCCUGGAGAAAGUCAUACAAGUUAUCGAGAAAAAACAUGGGAUUCUGCGCUCCAAAGACCAAUUAAGGAAAAGAUGGUCCGAUUUGAAAAAUAGGGAACAAGCCCAACUGAAAAAAAUCCAUGUGCUCAUAGAAAAAAGGAAAAAUAAGCAAAAAAACGGCCAAAGAAUAAAUUCUACAGUAGAAAACAAUCCCUUGCUUCAGCGUGCGACAGGCUCAUCAUCUAAUCCUGGAAUGACAAACAUCCAAACAGAGGAAAUAAUUCAAAUUUCCCCUACCCAAGAUUCCAGUCCUGAAGAAAAUCAAAGAUACCAUCUACUUGAAGAGAUGCAGACGGACCAUUCUGGGAUGGAGGUUUGGGAUCAUCCCCUGAGUGAAAGACAUCAAAACCUGGAUCUCAUUGAGAUCACCCCUUUAGUGGAGGAUGUAGCAAAUGCCAGAGCCAUAACAGAUGGAUCUCAGAAUAUUGUAUCCAGCACAGGUAAUCCGCUGCAAAGUAGUACCAUUACGCAUUCAAAGAUGGAUGUUUUGCGCUGUUGUGGUGAACUCGAGAAGAUCAAACGAUCAGCUGCAGCACUUCAGCACAAUUUGAAAGGCUUUAUAGAAUUGAUGAACAAAAUCUAA